AUGUUGACCACUCUUCCAAUUAUCGCCCUCGUCGUCGUCAUCGCCAUCGCCUCGGCUUCAUCUGCACAAUCGGACGAUGAAUGCAGCAUUGCGGACGUGUUCCAAGCCGCCGAGACAUCUCUCAAUGGCGAGCAGAAGGAGAUUCUCCGCAAUGAAUUAAUGGAGCAGUGUUGGGAGCUGCUCAAGGAGGCACUCAACGACGAAGACCGAUACCAGAAGCUGAGAGAAGCCUAUGAGGAGGGCGGCGAGGUAAAGGAGGCUAUCAAGAUGGCCUAUCGACAAUUUGAGCACGAACGAUCUGGAAUCGAUGGAAUGGUCUUCGAGACCAAGGAUGCGUGCUUCGAAUUCUGGAACAUCCCUAUGUUCGACCUGCCGAUCGCAGAUGAAAAACCAUUGAUGGCAAUUCUUCAAAAGCUGAACGUCACCGAGUACCCGCUGGCGCAAUACAAAGAGGAUCAUGAUUGGGAUCUAUUCAAGAGGGAGGCGUUCUUCCAAAUGGUGAUCCAAGUACAGCCAAUGGAAUGCCGAAAUCGGUACUUCAGAACCAAAUGCGAACAAUUGUUUGGAAAGAGCGCGAUUCCUGAGGUCGUCCGAAAUGAAUCACUUCAUGGAAUGGCGUCGGCGGUGAAAUAUUUGUGUGAAGCCAAUGAGAAAUUGGAGUUGAAAUGGAAAAAGCAAAACGAGCAGAAAAACGGAGAAAAAUGGAGAGCGGAAAUCGGAAAAGCGUUCCGAUGGAUGACGAAGCCGCUGAGAUUGGGAGCCACGUGGCUGCUGGAAAAUGAAAAACUGUUUGAUCUCGCCUGGUUCACGGCGAGAUCCUAUCAAUUCCUGUCAAAUGAUUUCCGAGUCGUAUCACCCUGGUAUUAUGUCCCAGCGAUCAACAAAUUUAGAGAGAUCUGCUCAUCAGCAGAGCGGUACGUCCUGCGAUUGCACUCGUCGCAGAAGUUGUCAAGAAAAGACAAAUUCGAGAAAGUUCUCGAAAAACUUGAAAAUGGACAUCUGGCGGUGUUCGGGAUCAGCGAAAGCGAAGCGAUCAGAAUGGCGCACAUGUGCCGAAGGGUCGAGGAGGUCCGUCGGUGGAAUAUGUACCAGGACGAUGAGGAGACGGCUAGGAUCAACAAUGAUUUAAUGGAGAUCUUUGACGGGGUGUUUGGCGAUGAGGAAACGGUGUGGGCGGCAGAGACGAAGUGGGCGAGCGAUGGUCAAUGCGUUGCACCAGAUGUGCACCAACAGUUGGUGUACACCUUCGAUCAGACAAACAACAACAACGUGCAAGGAAUCGAGCCGCUUUGUCAUCUGGCGAUCGAGGUGAAAUGUCGAACGAUGCACGGAAUGAUCAAGACAAUCGGAAGACGCCACGAUUCGAAAGAGACAAUGCUGAGAAAUCUUGGCAUACGUGUCACAAGACCAGCGUUCUUCAUGGAUAUGAAGGAAGAAUUUUGCAAUGAAAACAAUCAUAAUUUCGAAAAGUCGCUGCUAAUUCAGCCGCCGUUUAUGAAAGACGAUUCGAAUUGUUCACUGCCAGACUCGGUCAACUACUCAAUGAAUGAUUUGGGGUUCAACACUCAGAAUGAUGAGAUAUCGCAACGAUAUGACGCCAUUGCAAAGGUUAAUCAAUUGCUCAAUCCAUUUUGUUUAUCGAAGUCGUGCAUUGAAGCCGUGCUGCUAGCGGCACAUUUUAUUUGUAGCUAUAACUUAACGGUAAAACUAAGCUAA